CCCUGCCUGGAGAUCCCAGCAGCUCCUCCGCUCUCCCAGCCUUCCUCAUGCCCCCUCUCCUCCUCCUCCUCCUCCGGCACCCAGGACUCCUUCCUCCCCAGCGCCCGCCGCCUCCUCUCCCCCACCCUAGCCCCCCCGCCGGCCGCCCACCCAGGGCCAGGGGGGCACCGGGGGGCGCCCAAACUUUCCGAUGGAGUUUCUGCGGGCGCUCUGGCUGUGCGUGGGGGUGGCGGGCAGCCUCCUGCCGGCGCCCUGCCAGGGGCACCCCCAGCCCUGCCACAUCCUCGCCAGGGUCGGGCACACGGUGCGCCUGGGCGCGCUGCUGCCCCCGGGGGGAGCGCAGAGCCGGGUGCGCAGCGCCCUGGCCAGGGCGAGCCGGGCCACCUGGUUCCCCUAUAACCUGAGCUUGGAGCUCGUGCCGGGGGCUCCCCGGGAGCGGGACCCGGCGUCCCUGGCUCGCUGGCUGUGCCAGGCGCUGGUGGUGCAAAAGGUGGCGGCCGUGCUGGCCUUCCCCCGGUCCCGGGAGGAGCUGCUCCAGCUGGAGUUCCUCUCCGCCUUCCUGGAGAUCCCCUUCCUCAGCGUCGUGGGGCUGGAGCAGCCGCUGCCCUUCCGCACCCAGAAUCCCUUCCACCUGCUCAUGGACCGGAAGAGCCCCCUGGAGACCCUGGUGGACGUGCUGGACAGCGUCCUGCAGACCAACGACUGGCACGAGAUCACCCUGGUGCUGUGCCACGCCUGGGACGUUUCUGGCUUCCUGGAUUUCUGGACCAGCAACACCGACCUCUUCCUGAGAACCAUCCUGGACCUGAGCUACCUGGACGAGCCGGGCGCCGCCCGCUACCUCCGCCAGCACUUGGAGGAGCUCAAGGAGCAGGCCGGCCCGGUGCUGCUCUUUGGCUGUGACGCCCGCCUCUCACGGCUGGUGUUCAGGGCGGCCUCGGCGUCCGGCCUGAUGCUGCAGGACUUUCACUGGAUGCUGGGGCACCCGUUGAAUGUGGACGAGCUGCAGACGGAGGGGCUGCCCCUGGGCCUCCUGGCUUACGGGGAGGUCAACAGCCCCACGUUGGAGCAAUUCAUCCAGGACGCAGUGGAGUUGGUAUCCCGGGCCAUCUCCAGCGCCAUGUACAUCCGGCCUGACCUCACCCUCAUCCAGAGCAUGGUGAACUGCAACGACAAGCACGUGGAAGGCUCGGAGUCCUCUGGGCACUACCUCUCCAGGUUCUUGGCCAACACGUCGUUCCACGGGCGGACGGGGCGGGUGUCUGUGCGGAAGACGUCGCUGGUGCACACCGAGCACCGCUAUAGGAUCUGGAGCCUGCUGCGCGACUCCCUGGGGCAGCCCACCUGGGUGACGGUGGGCAGCUGGCAGGACGGCAAGCUGGAGGUGGAGGAAGGGUUCUGGCAGACCCAACUGCAGCGCAAGAGCCCGGGCGGCGGGGGCGGCUUCUCACGGGUGAAGCUGCGGGUGGUGACGCUGGUGGAGCACCCGUUUGUCUUCACGCGGGAGGUGGACGAGGACGGGAGCUGCCCGGCCGGGCUGCUGUGCCUGGACCCCCACACCAAUGACUCGGCCGUGCUGGAGGCCCUCUUCGAGGCGCUCAAUGCCGAGAACGGCUCAGUGCCCCUGGAGUACAAGAAGUGCUGCUACGGCUACUGCAUAGACCUGCUGGAGAAGCUGGCUGAGGACCUGCCUUUCGAUUUCGACCUCUACAUCGUCGGGGACGGCAAGUACGGGGCCUGGAAAAACGGGCAGUGGACGGGGCUGGUGGGGGACCUGCUCAGCGGCACGGCCCACAUGGCCGUCACCUCCUUCAGCAUCAACUCGGCCAGGAGCAAGGUCAUCGACUUCACCAGCCCCUUCUUCUCCACCAGCCUGGGCAUCCUAGUGAGGACCAAGGACACAGCCUCGCCCAUCGGCGCCUUCAUGUGGCCCCUGCAUUGGACCAUGUGGGUGGGAAUCUUUGUGGCCCUGCACCUGACAGCGCUCUUCCUGACCCUCUACGAGUGGAAGAGCCCCUACGGCAUGACCCCGCACGGGCGCAACCGCAUGAAGAUCUUCUCCUACUCCUCGGCCCUCAACCUCUGCUACGCCAUCCUCUUCGGGCGCACCGUCUCCAGCAAGACGCCUAAGUGCUACACCGGUCGCUUCCUCAUGAACCUCUGGGCCAUCUUCUGCCUCUUGGUGCUCUCCAGCUACACGGCCAACCUGGCCGCCGUCAUGGUGGGGGAGAAGACCUUCGAGGAGCUCUCGGGGAUCCACGACCCCAAGCUGCACCAUCCCUCGCAGGGCUUCCGCUUCGGCACCGUGUGGGAGAGCAGCGCCGAGGAGUACAUCAAGAAGAGCUUCCCCGAAAUGCACGAGUACAUGAGGCGCCAUAGCGUCCCCACCACCCCCGCCGGGGUCACCAUGCUCAAGACCGAGCCCCCCACGCUCAACGCGUUCAUCAUGGACAAGUCCCUUCUGGAUUACGAGGUCACCAUCGACUCGGACUGCAAGCUCCUCACCGUGGGGAAGCCGUUUGCUAUCGAAGGCUAUGGAAUCGGGCUCCCCCAGAACUCGCCCCUGACCUCCAACCUCUCCGAGUUCAUCAGCCGCUACAAGUCGGCCGGCUUCAUGGACCUGCUGCACGACAAAUGGUACAAGAUGGUGCCCUGCGGCAAGCGGGUCUUGGCCGUCACCGAGACGCUGCAGAUGGGCAUCUAUCACUUCUCCGGGCUCUUCGUGCUGCUGUGUGUCGGGCUCUGCGGCUCCUUGCUCACCUCCCUGGGUGAGCACGUCUUCUACCGCCUCAUCCUGCCCCGCAUCAAGAGGAAGAAGAAAUUCAACUACUGGCUGCACACCAGCCAGAAAAUCCACCGGGCGCUGAACGUGGGCUUCGAGGAGCAGAAAAACCAAAAGCUGAGACUUGAGAAAAGGUGCAAUAUUCAGAAGAGCGAAGAGGCACCAGCCCCAAAUGCCAGCCAGCCAAGCUGGAACAACCUCAGGAAGGCCACCAGGAAAGAGGACAAGCGGGUGCAUUUCAACAUGGAGCAGACGCCCUCUGAGCCGGCACAGGAGAGGGAGGUGCCCGUGUGGCACUGCACAAAUGGCAGGGUGCCCCAGCCGGAGGAGUGGGAUGCUAGUGAGAAGGAGCUCAGGGAGCUGGAGGGACGGAUCCAGGCAAUCAGGGAUCAGCUGAGAGCGGCCCUGGUGCGGAAGAGCGAGCUGGUGGUGGCGUUGGGGCCCACCAAGAACAUCCGCAUGCUGCCUGUUAAGCCUAUUGUGGAGAAGAACGAGGACAGGUAAUGGGACACGGGCCGUUCAGGUUCCUUUUGAACUCAACCUUGGAAAACCAGCUGCUGUUUCCUUUCACGUCUUAAAUCAAACCAGAGCCUGGAGAGCACGUGCAGAGGCUCCUGGUUGGGGAAGUGGCGGAGCUGCCUAGGAAGGGGGCUGUUACUUUAGCACAGAUCACAGCAAACAGGAAACGCUCUCCAGGUGGGUCAGGGCCCAACUGUUUUGUUUUAUAUUAAUUCCUUCGUAUCGCAGUUAAGACCCAAUUCCCAUUCUGCUGCUGUCCUUUGGUCGUGGCAAACUUCGAGAUUCCCACAUCAGGCUCCUGCCAGGUCUGGAAAGGAGAAUCUCACUUACAAACGAUUUCAGUUACAUAUUGAUUACUGCAGGUGUGAGGACAGGACUGGCUUUUCUCAAGGAGGAAGUUCAGGUUUAGUUCUUUCCCCACUGCCUCGGAGUGAAGAAUUCUUCCCUCUUUAAAACAGCUGUUUGGGGAAACUAGAUGGAAUCCAAUGAGGAACUAAGAACCGGUGUCUCAGGCUAGGAAAGUUUGUGCCCAGUUUAGGAUCCCUUCUCUCCCCAGGGUGGGUGUGAGGCACGGAACAGAGACCUACUCAAACUUUCCCCUACAACAUCUGAGGGUGACAAUUGUCCAGGGAUUUAGGUGAUGCAAAUUCUAAGUGUUUCCUUUCGCUAGCAGCAGCUGUAACAUUAACUGUAAAUAAAAUGUACAAAGUUCAAGAUUUUAACUAGAAUAAAAGUAAUGCAGACUUCUCCUCCCACCCACCCCCUUCAGAUUCUGCAGGUGGUUAAAGUGUGUGUGGGGGAAGGGGGUGAAAAUGCAGAUUGACUCGGGAAUCUGCUCACUAGCUCCUCCAGCCCCCAAGUUUUUGGAAAGAACCUCUGUCCAGUUCCUGCACCAGCAUGAGUUUCUCUCCCGAUCUCUCCUUCACUCGGAGCUGUUUUUUGAAUGCAACGGUCAGCCUGGGAUUAGGAUUUUAUUUAGUGAAUUAAGAUUCGCUUUAGCCAGGAUCCUCUCCCAAGGCACAAAAUUGCAGAAUUUAAGUUGACAGAGCUACAGGGAAUUUAAUCACAAAACUGUAUUUCUGAGUAAAGCUGGGGGUGGGGGAAAAUCUCCUUCCACCUUCAUCCCAGCAGCAAAAGGGUUUUAUGGAGAGGGUAACUUCUCUUCCGUCACCGCAGGACUCCCUUGCCAGCAAUGAGCAAGCACGAAAGAUGGUUCUGGUUAAGACAAUCUCUUCGUUUCAGGCAGCAGGAAAGUCCUGGCUUGUCUCAGCUCUGAUGUGAUGGAAGAUCAGAGAUGUAGGGAUGAGAAUGCAGCAGUCCAUAUACAUAAGAGGGGGGCUGACCAUGAGCCCUGCAGCAUUAAAGGUCCAAAGGGUGCUGUCCAGCCCUUUGAAGUCUGAUCAGAAAAAGUAUUUUUUAAAGGGAGGUCAGUAAAUCAGAGAUGGAAACCCUGGGGGCUCAGGUCCAGACCCUCAAAAGUAUUUAGGCUGCCAAGUCCUCGCAGCAGCUUCUCCAUAGGGCUGUGCAAUGAGCCUCCAGCCAGAGGCUGGGUGCUCUUCUAUCCCUCCAGUGUUAUUUGGGGGGCGGGGUUGGCCUGGAAGACCCUGGGCAAUUCCCUGCUCCCCCACAGACUCCUUGGGCAAGUCACUUAAUGGGUGUCUCAGCUCCCCCUCUGUAACAAAGAGACUUUGUGCCCUACCUCCAGGGUGGGGAGGUGCUCAGAUCCUAAGACAGUCUCAGACCUAGGCGCUAAGUGUAGGGGAUAC